AUGACCCUUACCUAUAUAAACAUUAUACUAGCAUUCGCUAUCUCUCUUCUAGGUAUACUAACCUACCGCUCACACCUAGUAGCCUCUCUCCUCUGCCUAGAGGGAAUAAUAAUAUCGCUCUUUAUUAUGGCCACCCUUAUUGCCUCAAACACACACUUCCCCCUAAUCAACAUUAUACCCAUCAUUUUGUUAGUAUUUGCCGCCUGUGAAACAGCAGUAGGUCUUGCCCUACUAAUCUCAAUCUCCAACACAUACGGACUAGACUACGUCCACAACCUAAACCUGCUUCAAUGCUAA